GGCGCCAACGUGAACACCCAAGACGACGGCGGGCAAACCCCAUUGCACCAGGCAGCUCUGCACGGACUGGAAGAGAUCGUGGAUAUUCUGAUACGAAGCGGAGCAGAUAUUGAUGCGAUGACUGCAGGUCACGAAACCGCACUGCACCUAGCCUGUGUGAACGGCCACGCUGCCGUGAUUGAUGUCCUUCUGAAAGCCAGGGCUGAUGUGACCGCACAAUUAAACCGAGGA